UGUUCGCCGCUUAACUGGCAUAUCACGUCGAUCAGAAGCAAGACUAAAUGAUUCACAAGUAAUGGAAGUUGUUUUAAAACUGGGCAUUCAGCAUAAGUUCCUGAUGGGAGUUUCGUUGCCAUCAUUUUUCCAAAACUUUCUGAAAACACCUACGUCAUUUCAAUCAUAUCCAGAGGUGUGCCUUUUCCUCUCUCAAAUACCCUCAAGUAAUUCACAUAAUGCCUCCGCCUGGAAAGAUCAACACAUCAUCUUACAACAAAGUAUUAGGAAUUUGGAAAAUUAUUUAACACAAGGCGCAGCAGGAAUUGACAUUUGGUAUAUCAAUGAUGAUGAUAAAGAUAACACUUGUGGUGAAGGUCCGUUUCCGCUACUGCAUCAAGUUUUGGAAACUGUUACAGGAAACAGGAAACAAUUCGGUUCAUUCAGAGAUCUUGACAUUGUUCUUUCAACUGGAGAAUCUCAGAUUUCUGAAGAAGUACAAAUAUUACAUGACUCUAAUACAGAUCCAGAAGAAAUGAAGAAAUUCAAAUGCGAACGCAUUGGUUUUUUCCGACAUCCUAAAGAUUGCACAAAAUUUUACCAAUGCGCAGAAUAUCGACCCCCAAACUGGCAACCAAGUAAUCAAAAUGCAGUUUUUAUUUACAAAUGCCCUCAAGGCUUGGUGUUUGAUGAAACUCAAGAAUCUUGCAUUUGGCCAUCUUAUUCAGAUCCAUGUCCUGGAUCAGAUGAAUUAUUACCAGUACCUCCAAAGAAAUUCUUCUGCAGCACUCCUGGUUUCCACGUAGAUCCUACAGAUUGCAGAUGGUUCUAUUAUUGUUCAGAUCUUGGUGACGGACGAUUAGAAGCAUUUCAGUUUCAAUGUCCAUCGCAUCUCUUAGGUUUUGACGAACGUAAUUUACUGUGCAACUGGAAAUGGACGUUACCAAUUUGCAGUGUGAAGACUGAUGGGAAAAGCAGGCAAAUACUUGAUGAGAGGUCAACUGCUGUCUUAAAUAUUAGCGAUAUUAAUACUGAUGCGGAACAGGUGAAAAGAGAUAGAAUUUCAAAAACUUUGAAACAUACAGACGAAAUUUUCAACUUAAAUUCUACAGUUUCAGUAAAUGUUCCCAAACAAGGACAAAGAUUUCAAGGAAAUGUGACCACAACAAAAACAGGAAGCACUGACGAAGGUGCAGUAAGGGAUUUUGAAAAUAUACUUAGCAAACAAACUUUACAAGCAAACAAACUGACUGAAAGACAGAAUGUAUCUAAUGCUACAAAAAAUCAAGCUAGAUCAUUGGGGAACCACAAUGAGAUAAAAUUUGAUCUGAAGUUAGAUACUCCUAUUGUAAACACAUCUGAUCUUACGUCGCAAAAUUUCAAUGAAACAGAAAAUCGUCCUGAAAGGAAAUAUGGAACUGCUUACUGGCAUAGAUCUUGGGUAAAUAACAAAGUUAUCAAUAAUCAGCAGCAAAGAAAUGUUGUAAACAGUUUACUCGGCAUUAAUCGCAAUCACAAAACUCACAAUGUAAACUCUUUUCUCAUUGAACGUAAAGAACAUCACAAUCCAGACGACAAUAAUCUCUUCGAAGGUGAACCAGAAUACCUGCCAUUCACAAUUGGAAAUGAAAUUCAUAACCAAAACCGUAUAAGAUCACCACUUACAAGUACAAAUAAUACAGCAAAUAGCAGUUAUAUGCAACCGCAAAACAAAUCUGGAAUUGGUAGAGUACGAAAACUCAGAAUUGAUAGGAACUUUAACAUUCUUUUAGACGAAGAACGAUAUCCACCUACUAAUCUUCGGCAAUUAAACAGAAACUCAUUCUCUACCACUGCGUCUUUAGACCAGUAUUUAGAAUCUCAAACACAAACUUCGAAAGAUGACCAAAAACCUGUGUCUCCUUUAAAUAAAGAUAAGCAGUCACAUGACGACACAAAGUUCCAACCAAAUCGACAAAAUUCUGGUCAUUCAUUUACGCCUAUAAAAUGCGCAAAAUUGAAACACGACGAAACGUAUCUUGACGGUUCUCACAAUAACUUAGACUGUGUAAGUGAAGUAAGUCUUUUUGUUCAAGUUAGAGAAAACAAAAAUUCCGAUCGUUACAUUUUGAAAAAAGAGCAGAUCACUAGAUCUGCUCAUCAAGAAUCUAAGCAAAUAUCCGUCAGUACCCAGGUAGCUGAAGAAAAUAUUAAAAGAUUAGACAAAUUAAUAGCGGAUCCAGAAGUAUCCCCACGACCGGUUUAUAAUGAAAGUAAGCAAAUGAACAAUAAUCGCUAUACAUGGGGCAGAUCAUUGUCUUCCAAUAAUUCAAUAUCCGGAGAAUCUCAUAUAAUCUCAAACCCAUCUAACACUUUUUAUGAAAGAAAUGGCACACGUUCAAGUGGAGACACUAGUACAACAGCCGACAGUUUCUAUAGAAUAUAUGCUUCUUUAGAUAAUACAGAUUAUAAUGAAACCGAUAAGAAAGAAAUAAUUUCGGACAUUAUCAAAGUCUUCAGUGAAUCCCAUGAGAUUUCCAAGGAAGCAAUAACUUUUAAAAAUGCAGAAACUGCUAAUCAUGCAAUAUCUGAGCCAAAAACAGAUGGAAAGACUGACGUGGCUAGUUUGCUGCCAAGUCCAAAUGUUAGUGAAACUAAAAUGAUGACUUUGAAAUUUUAUCCGCAAGGAGUUCUCUUAAAUGUUGAUUUAAACCACAUAAAUGAACUUCCGCCAAAAAUUUUGUAUGAGGUGGAUAAAAUGCUUAAAAAGUACAUGUCAAAUGGAGACAUAGAUUUAGCUGUUUUAGAAAGACAGCUAAAUACAACUAUGCUGAAUGCAAGUGAAACUGAUUUCGAAAAUCCUGCAAAUCGUAAUCUGUCGCAGAUAGACCACAUGUUAGAUAUAAUAGAAAAUUUGCUUAAGUCUAGCGAUGAAAGCGAAAAUAAUUAUGAACCAUCAACUACAAAUGCUCCAAAUGAUUUUCCAGACCUUGGACUUAUUGUUACAGAUAACUUUUCAAAUUUAAAUAAAAAUGCACCAGAAUAUGAAAAUAUUAAUACUAGUGCGAUAGUUCACGCGACAGACCACCAACUGUCAAGUGAAUUACAUGUGGACAAACCCGCACACACGAAUGAUUUACCUAAUGUUACACAGCAGAACAGUCAUACUGCAGAGAAAAUUCAAAUCCACAUUUCUGAAAAUGAAAGACCUUUUGUACGAAGACGAUUAUUCAGGAAAUACAGAUAUCCUAGCAUUCGAGAACAAUUGCAAAGGCAAAACUAUAAGCAACAUCAUUAUAAUGGCAGUAAACACCUAUCUUCAGCAAAUCGGGAGAAUCCUGAAGCAAAAAGAAUAGUUGACUAUAAAUCAAAUCGCCAUAGGUAUCCUUCAUUAACAGAACAACUUAAUAGGCAAAACGUUCACCACAACAAUUCUACUUUCACAGAUAGACAUGUCUUAGAGGAAAAAGAGUUCCAGGAUGAAAGAAAAGAUGGGCCGUUACCAAACAACUUCGAAUUCGGAACGAGACUGAGGACAACGGAAUAUGACGAUAGUUUUCAACAUCAAGUACAUAAUCGUUAUUGGAUACCUCAAUAUUCAAACGAAUUCCCUGAUCGUAACUUACGGCAAGCAAGUAUGGAAAAUACAAAUAGCCCAGAAUUAAUUGUUCCCUUUCAUCCAAACUACAAAGUAGAUUUUGAUGACGAUAAGGAUUCCAAAAUUCAAAGCAGAAUACCUUUGCAAGAAUAUGGUUAUAUAUUAGACAAUAAUGGCACAACUAAUCGUCAAAAUUCUUUGGAUUAUUCAAGAUUUAGAUAUGCACUACCUUUGCCUUUAUAUCUUCCAACAGAAAAUCCAGUCAUAACGCUAAAAGACACGAAAUCCUUAGUUACAAAUUCUUUCUACUCUGAGAAUGACAGUUUCUUUGUUACUGAGCAGUUUGAUCUUCAUACACAAAAAACAUCUGUUAACACAGAACAGCCAAGACGAAAACGCAAAUUAAGGGUCUUAGUACGAAAAUCUAACGUUAAUGACAAUCACAAUGUUCCUGCUCAAAAUCGGGAUGAUACGAUAGCACCAACAAAUCAUAAACUACCUGAAAGAUUUUCAGACAAUGUUCUUAAAAUCCUAAGAACUCGACUAUCUAAGAAAUUGAACGUUGAUUCUGAAAGAGAUGUUAAAAUACAGAUUCAGUUUGAAGAUCACGUAUGGAACAUUCCAUUCGUAAAUAAUCAAAGUGAAUUUUCAAUACCACCAAUUAUUUGCACAAGGUCUGGUUUGUUCCAGCACCCAAAAGACUGUAAUAUGUUUUAUGAAUGUUUCUGGGACAAAUGGGUACAAAAAUACACACUUCAUGUAUUUUCGUGUCCUGUUAGAUUAGUGUAUGAUGACAGAAUCCGAGGGUGCAGUAGACCAAAUGCAGAGUCACGCUGCAAUAACAUUGUUAAGCGAUGAUAUUUGUGUGCCCGUUAUCGAAUGUGUAAUGUGCCAAUAAACUGAUUUCUGCAAAAGCCAGAAGGACGCAGUUUGAUAACCACGAGUGAAGAAACUUCAGCAACUUAUAAUCACCCUCCCUUAAAUGAAUUAUAAAACAUUUAAGAAUUGCUGAAACAAAUUUGUAUCUAUGAUAAGCAUUUGCUGUAAAAGGACGAAAGAUACACUACAGUGAGAAAAAAAAAAAAAAAAAAAAUCAGUCAAAAUAUUCAGAAUAGUUUCCGCUAGAACUCAUCAAAAGCCAUUCAUUUCAGCAGUAAUACUUAUUAUAGAAUUAAAAGAUGUAUAUUUAGUAAUGUAAAUAACUGAACAUUUUAAGGAGAUCCAUGAAAAUAUCUGUGCAUAUGUUAAGCACAAACCUGAAAUAUAAAUAAAUAAAAUAAAAUAAAAAAUAUCUUAA